AUGAGAUCACGAACCGCUCCGACACUUUUGUCGCUGCUAUUCACCCUUCUGCACACAUGCUCGUCAUCCCCAGUACCCUUCGCAAACCCUAUACCAGCGCCCCAGUCAGACUCACAAAGCUGUAACGCGAACCAGAUUGCCUGUGGUGGAGGAUCUAACCCUAAUCUCUGCUGUUCGUCUGCCCAAGUCUGCUGGUAUGCAGGACAGUGUGGAACUCCUUCCCAAGUGGGAUGGAACUACCUCACCACAACGAUCACUAGCGUCGGUGUUGUGACAACCGUAUACUCUGCGUCUUUUGCCGGCGCCUCUGUGUCUGCUGCGCCCACGACAACAUGGUCUUUGACCUACACCACCCCAGUUGCGAACCCGUCCGGAUCCGGAUCCUCGUCAAACUACAUCUACACCUCAGGCGCAUUCACUCCCCCAACCCGGCCCACCGAGUCUUCCAAUGGCGGUGUCAUUGGCGGUGAUAUCUCUGGAUCCAAGAUCCUGGUUCCCUCCGUCACCGGCACAAACACUUUCAUGGUUCCUGUAGCAACUGGAGAUCUUGGAUACGGUGGUGUAGUCGGUGGUAACUCUGGCGGUGGCGGUGGGUUGACCGGUGCGCAGAUUGGUGGUAUUGUUGGUGGUAUCUUGGGCGCGCUUUUCCUGCUUGCACUGCUAUUGCUUUGCUGCUGCUUGAAGAAGGGUGGUGGCGGCUUCGCUGGUUUGUUCGGUAACAAGCACAGGCACGAGACUGUCGCUGUCGAUGAGUCCCACAGCAGCUACAGCAACGGCAACGGAUAUGGUAGCGCAGCCGCUGGUGCCGCCACCGGUGGCCUUCUCGGUGCAUUAUGGGGCAGGAGGAAGACGACCACGACAACAACCACCACCACCCACCAGCAAGGCCACCACUCUGCUUCCCACGGCGCUCAAUACGGCGGUUACUCUGGCAGCCACGGCGCUGUUGGUCACGGUUCAUCCGGAGUGGUUCAACACAGUUAUCACUCUAGCAGCGGUCAGCAUGGUGGUCAACACGGAGGUCAGCACGGUGGUGGUGGAUUUGCGGCAAUGAUGGGUGCAGCUGCUGCGGGUCUGACAUCAAUCUUCAUUACCAAGAAGACGCAAACCCACCACAUGAGCGAGAAGCACUCCACAACCUCUUCAGACUCGUACGAUUCCGAGUACAUUUCUGAAACGGCCAGUCAGACUGGUAGCUCGACCAGCUCUACCUCCUCGAGUAGCUCCAGCUCCAGCAGCAGCUCCAGCAGCAGCAGUUCUGGUUCGGGGCACCCUGGGGGCUCGCACCACCCCGGACAUCACCCAGGACACCAUGCAGGACACCACCCCGGGCAGCAUCGGUAG